UUUGUUUUUACAGCUUCACUGUUCAACGGCUGGCCCGGGUCAAACCCCCUGCCAUGAUUGUGGUAAUCCCUUAGUUAAGGGGCCAUGGCAGCGAAAGUGAGUGGGUUUUUGAAAGCCUUUGUAAUUUAUUUACGGUAUCGCUUGGUGUGUUACUGUAUUGUACACGUUAUGCUGGCGCGGGCCUCUUUACCGCAUCUGUACUUCGUAACAAAACUCUUUGCAGACUCCCCCGUUUCGAAUUCAUUCCAGAAAUCCGACAAAACUGCGGCCCAGAAGCUUGAGGACUCAUGGCGAAAAAGAGGAAGGGCGAUGACGACCCAGGCGUUCUCAGAAUUGGCAAUAAAACGAUAUCCCUGGACGGAUAUUUGUGCAAAAAAACGAAGACUGAUACCAGCUCGUCGGCGCCAAAUAACGAAGAUCCAAACCAUCAACAGUCAACGCUAGUGCCACUACCACACUCCCUAAACUCAAUUCCUCGAGGUGAGGGCGAGGGUUCUGCGAGGUCUGCGCAUUCACGACCGCCAGCGGGUGAUCCUCAAUAUUUCAGUGCCCGGCAAGCCCUGCCAUUAUGGACGCGACAAGAUGAUAUCCGCCGUAUUCUGCGACAGAAGGAUGUCCUCAUCCUCGUGGGCGAAACAGGCUCUGGCAAGAGCACCCAGGUGCCGCAAUUCCUCUACCAAGAAAGGUGGUGUCAGAAGAGGAGGGUGAAGGUCAAGGCCGGCGAGGGUGUUCAAGAAGUCAGCGUGGGAGGCAUGAUUGCCAUCACUCAGCCGCGGCGGGUCGCGGCGACGACGCUUGCUCAUCGUGUUUCGCGAGAAGCGGGCACACCGCUCGAUGGGCAAAAAGAGGGCGAGAGCAGCAACGGCCGUGUCUCGAAGGGUCUUGUGGGCUACUCGGUCCGCUUCGACCACCGUGUUCCCCCCGGAACCAGGAUCAAGUUUCUGACGGAAGGCAUGCUUCUUCAAGAAUUGCUUCGCGACCCUCAUCUCAGGCAGUACAGCGCCAUCAUCGUGGACGAGAUCCAUGAGCGGAGUGUGGAUGUUGAUCUGCUUUCUGGGUUUCUCAAACAAAUCAUUUCGGGAAACAAGGCUGGUCGUGGCGGGAUCCCGCUAAAAGUGGUCAUCAUGAGCGCUACAGCUAACGUUGAGAGCAUCAAGCGCUUCUUCUCUGAGACGAAACCUGAGAACCCUGCCCCUGCGCCCACGUCGGAAACCUCGGUUGAGUCUCUGCAAGUCGAAGGGCGGCAAUUUCCUGUUGACAUUGUCCAUACGCCAAAACCAGUUCCAGAUAUCCAGGAGACUCUUCUCAAGACGAUAUUCAAGCUACACACCGAAGAGGCUCUUUCGGACAGACAUGGCAGAAAAGACAUCCUGGCUUUCCUCACCGGCCAGGAGGAGAUCGAAUCGGCUCAGAGACUUAUCGAAGAAUACGCUUCAACGCUUGACCCCAAGCUGCCAAAGAUCAAAGUCUUCCCUCUGUUUGGCCAGCUCUCCAUAGAGGCUCAACACGAAGCCUUUCAGCCGGUCAAAGGGAGCUUUACGAGGAAAGUCGUCCUGGCUACCAACAUCGCCGAGACAUCUGUCACUGUCCCUGGGGUGCGCUACGUCAUUGACUGCGGGAAGUCGAAGGUGAAGCAGUUUCGGCCGAGGCUGGGCAUGGAAUCUUUGCUGGCAAAACCUAUCUCGCAGUCAUCUGCCGUCCAGAGGGCUGGCCGAGCAGGUCGUGAAGGGCCGGGCAAGUGCUUCAGACUUUAUACCAAGGAGACGUACGAGACGUUACCAAAGACGGACCUUCCGGAAAUCUUGCGAACCGACAUUCUGAGCGCCAUUCUAACCAUGAAAGCGAAGGGGAUUGACGACGUCCUGUCUUUCCCUCUGAUGGACCCACCAGAAGUUGAGUCUGUCGAAAAGGCUCUAUUACACCUUCACAUUCUCGGCGCUCUCGGUGACGACGGGUCUAUCACGGAAACGGGGCGCAAGAUGGUGGCCUUCCCCGUCACGCCGCCCUAUGCUCGAGUGCUUCUGGCCGCGGCGGAUCACAAAUACGACUGCUUGCUGGAGGCGAUCGAUAUCAUCUCUUGCAUCACAGCUGGCGAGGACAUUUUCCUUCAACUCCGGUCGGAAGAGACGAAAGAGGAAGUCGAGGAGUACCGCAAAGAGCUCUCCCGUCGCGAAGGAGACCUUCUGACAUACCUGACGACAAUGCAACUCUAUGCAGCCGAGAAUGCCGACCGAGUGCAGUGGUGCAAGAACCGCAAGAUCAACAUUAGAAACAUGAAACAAGCGUGGAACAUCCGGAAGCAACUUCGAGGCCUGUGUGUGCGACAGGGCAUGAUGGAGCAGCCACUGCCGGAUCCCCAACCGUUCAUGCCAACCUCGCCCGACCAGGCAGCUGUCAUUCUCAAGUGCUUCCUAAAGGGAUUCGCGCUAAAGACGGCCAUGCUGGCGCCGGAUAACAGCUACGUCACUUCUCAUGGCAAACACAUUGUGGCGAUACAUCCCUCAAGCGUUUUGCACGGGCAGAAGAAGGAGGCCAUCAUGUUCCUUGAGCAUGUGUAUACCCAGAAAAAUUACGCAAAGAAGAUACGUUCAGUUAGUAGCUCUACAGGCGGCAUCUCAGAGUCUGUUCCCACACAAGCACCAACUCGCAUAUUGCUUCCUACAUUAAGAGACUCAUCAUGCCAAAUAUCGAUUUACCAGACGUGGGAUUAUCUGGGCUUCUAUUGGAAGUCAGCACCUUCUCUAUCUCACCAUGAGACCAUCCCUCCGUCUCUUGGCCUCGGCCAUGUCCACAACAAAGGGCCUGACACCCGGCCCAAUGGCGCUCCUCCCACCGAUCUACCUCUAUCGGCGUCUCCUCCGGGCCCACAGGAAACACCUCGAUCCCGAAGAGCGACUGCUGGGCGAUGACUCUAUGCGCAGGACAUUGAGGGCGAUUCGUGGCGGGGGCGGAAGCUUGAUGAGGCCAAAAUUGAGAAGAUGAAUGAGCAACUGGCCCAGUUGUACGAACUGAUGAAGACGAUACAGAAGCGCGGCACAGAGGGGCAUGAGUCAGAAUAACAGUCUUGAGGGAAUGAGUUCUGGAGCAUUGUAUGACGGGGUACAUCCAUUGUCCGGCCAUUUAAUGUUAAAC